CCUAUCUGUGUGAGGAAUGGCAAGAAGGGGCGAGUCAUCUGCGGUUGAAAUUGACGACGACUCAGAAAGAAGAAUCUAGUCUAUGUGUCUCAGGUGUUUGGGGGGGGGGGGGGGGGUUGGAACCAGUGGAUAGAUGGUUUUGUUUGAAUGGUGAUGUUACAGCCGGGGGAGUAUGGAGAAGGUGUCCGGGCAUCAAAUGCAAAGCGAGACAAAUAGAUAGAUUUGAAGACCUGCCACACCUUGGUUUUGUUGAAUCCAUGUUAAUGGAUGGUUCUAUCUACCAUGUUUGUGCGUGGGGAUGUCUGGGCACCUUGUGGAAAAUUCACCACCCCUUCAGGUGUAGGGUCAAUGACCCUAGUUGAUAUGGGAGAAGGCACUGUUUUUCACGUCCGGUGUCUCCUGCCAUAUUCAGAUAUAGGAUGUUGGCUUUUUGAAUGCUCCCGGUUACAUUUCAAGAUUAAUGAAAAUGGAGUGGUUGAACUGGGAAAGCCAGUUGCCUAUUCUGCCAGCGGCUGCAAUGGGUUUCCUCUUAUCCAUGGCAAUCAUCCCUAGAUGCAAAUGCACUAAAUUGCAGUAGCAGCAGCAGCAACCAAUUAGUUGCUUGGACAAUGUUAUGGGUUUACUUGGUACUUAAAAGUAGUUAACCGAACAUUGGGACAAUUCCUUAGAGUCCCUGUCAAUUCUAAUCCGAGGACAUAUGGAUACUCGUACUCCUGACCGUAUCCGUAUAAGUUGUAACCGGUACUGAUAACUCAACUUCUCAUCUCCGGUUCGACCACAUCGUAGCAGCAACACAUGCAGAGGAGGUGGGGAAGGAGAAGAUGCUUCCAACUUAAUAACAACUCGGAUCAUCUUUGUAUGUUUUCCUAUCUUCAUCUUUCAAUGGCCAGGCCAGGAAGGCCCUUCGCAUGGAUCUGAUUACGGUACUACAGUACUACUCCCUUUGUCCCAAAAAAAAGUUACAUUUCAUUUUUUUUGCAAACCCCAAAAAAUAUUUUUACCCACAUCUAAAAUGCCUAAAAAUUACCACAUUUACCCUUUAUUGUGGGUAGAAGUCGUUUUGAAAUUUUUUUGACAUUUGAGACGAUAUAGAAGUGUUUUAUGGGAUGCGCAAAAAAUGAAACGUCUAAAGCUUCCGUCUGGUCUUUUUCCACCUUCCUUUUUCUCAUCAUUACUCAUUCCUUACAUCUAUCUCAAUUCUUCUCCAUUCCCAGUCUUCCCAAAACCGACCCGGGAAAGAGUAGUUAUUGCUGCACCGCUGCAUUCUUGAAGAAUUUCCCCAGGAAUGCCACUGGAAUUCGCUGCAUAGCCUUCUGAAUUUCCAGCUAUGGGAGCUUGCACCUCCAAAUCUCACAGACCCAAUCCAUAUUCCCCCCGCGAAACCCUAGAGGCGCCGCAGGUUCUCGAAACUCCGGCCCACAGCUCCGCCACCGACGCCGGCAAGAAGUCCCCUUUCUUCCCUUUCUAUAGCCCCAGCCCCGCGCACCAUUUGUUUGCCAAGAAAUCGCCCGGGCGGGCCUCGACUGCGUCCAGGAGUGAUGGGUCUACGCCCGGGAGGCUGUUCAAGCGGCCGUUCCCGCCGCCUUCGCCGGCUAAGCACAUAAAGUCGUUUCUUUUGAGGCGGCACGGGAGCGUGAAGCCCAAUACGCCGGCGAUCCCUGAAGGAGAGGAGACGGAAGGAGCUGAUUUGGACAAGAGUUUUGGGUUCUCCAAACAUUUUACCAGUAGGUACCAGAUCGGGGAAGAGGUUGGGCGAGGUCAUUUUGGGUAUACUUGCUCUGCUACCGGUAAAAAAGGCGACCUUAAGGACCAAAGAGUUGCUGUGAAAGUCAUCCCCAAGUCCAAGAUGACUACUGCCAUAGCAAUUGAGGACGUGAGAAGGGAAGUGAAAAUACUGAGAGCCUUGGCAGGACAUAGCAAUCUUGUUCAUUUCCACGAUGCGUUUGAAGAUCAAGAUAAUGUUUAUAUAGUAAUGGAGCUGUGUCUUGGUGGAGAACUCCUAGACAGUAUACUUUCAAGGGGUGGAAAGUAUUCUGAAGACGAAGCACGAGGUGUCAUGAUACAGAUAUUAAAUGUUGUCGCAUUUUGCCAUCUCCAAGGUGUGGUGCACCGUGAUCUUAAACCUGAGAAUUUUCUGUUCUCUUCAAAGGAUGAAAAUUCCCAGUUGAAAGCAAUAGAUUUUGGCUUAUCAGAUUUUGUCCGGCCAGAUGAAAAACUUAAUGAUAUUGUUGGGAGUGCGUACUAUGUUGCGCCAGAAGUUCUACAGAGAUCAUACAGUACAGAAGCGGAUGUGUGGAGUGUGGGGGUAAUAGCGUACAUUCUUUUAUGUGGCAGUCGCCCAUUCUGGGCUCGGACCGAGUCUGGAAUCUUCCGGGCGGUCUUGAAGACCGAACCCAGUUUUGAUGAAGCACCUUGGCCUUCAAUCUCUUCAGAGGCUAAAGACUUUGUCAAGUGGCUGCUAAAUAAAGACCCUCGCAGACGAAUGUCAGCUGCUCAAGCAUUGUGUCAUCCUUGGAUCCGGAAUCACAUCAACGUUAAAUUGCCUCUAGACAUUCUUGUGUUCAGACUCAUGAAGAGCUAUAUGAGGUCAUCUUCUUUGCGUAAGGCUGCGUUGCGGGCAUUGUCUAAAACAUUGACGGAGGAUGCACUCUUCUAUCUAAAGGAGCAAUUUUCGUUGUUCGAGCCAGAUAAAAAUGGCACUAUAAAGUUGGAUAACAUUAAAACUGCUCUGCUGAAAAAUGCCACGAAUGCCAUGAAGGAAUCACGUGUACCCGAUUUACUUGCUGCACUAAAUGCGCUCCAAUACAGAAGAAUGGACUUUGAAGAGUUCUGCGCAGCGGCACCAAGUGUGCAUCAGCUGGAAGUUCUUGACACUUGGGAGCAACAAGCUCACUGCGCGUAUGAAGCUUUUGAGAAAGAUGGAAACCGCGCAAUCAUGAUCGAAGAACUUGCAUCCGAACUGGGAUUAAGUCCAUCAGUGCCAGUACAUGCAGUUCUGCAUGACUGGUUAAGGCACACAGAUGGGAAGCUAAGUUUCCUUGGGUUUGUCAAAUUGCUGAGAGGUCCUUCUACCAGGACACUUGUCAAGGUCCAGUAAACAAAGUCACUUUCGUGGAGGGGCUAUCUUGCUAUUUUUUUUAAAUAAAAAAAAAUAGCAUUCUGCCAAACAACAAAUCUGAAUCACUGUGGCAGAGAAUCUCCAAUCAGUUGAAAAAAGAAAUCUCAUUGCUCACAGUUUUUUAUUUACUUAUUGUCAAUUUUUUUUCUCUUCAUUGGUGAUAGUCAAAGGCUUUGUCUGAUCAUUCUCCCACAUGAUCCAAAUUAG